AUGUGCUGCUAUGGUCGCUAUUACGUGUGCCCGAGCGAGAGCGAAGGCACCGCGGCGUCGCGCUCAGAACUCACGCGGAAGGUGGAGAGCGCUCCGCAGCAUCACCCCUCCCGCCAGGGCCGGCCGGGGGCGGGGAGGGAGAGCGGCGGCUCAGGUGCCCGCCCUUCGCGCCUGCGCCGUGCCCGCCCCGCCUGGCCAGGUGCGCUCCACCCCCAGCCGGGCCGCCGCCUUCUCGAGCUUCCCGGCGGCCGCCAUUCGCGACAGCGACCCCCGGACGUCAGGAGGUGUGGCGUCCCAGGUCCUGGGAGAGCCGCGGGACGUGUUGGGAACCGACUGAGACCACGUACGCGCCAAAAACCCGAAGGAAGGGGGCUGCCUAGGAUCCGGACGCCUCGCGAUCUCCCCCCGAGACACACACACUCCGGGCGCAGCCGCCCCGAGCUCGCGGGCCUCCAGUGCGCGUGCGCGGCCGUGGGCGUUCCACACCUGCUCGGGAGACCCCAACGGCCGGCGGCUCGAGGCCCGGCUCGGCGCGGGCGGCAGGUCAUGGCGCAGCUGUGUGGGCCGCGGCGGGGCCGGGCGCUCCUCGCCCUGUUAGCUUCGCUGCUCCUCUCCGGGGCCGAGGCGGCCGGCAGAGACCUAGACAUCCACGAGUCUUGUGGAGUUACGAAGGUAGUAGGGAAAUGCCGGGCUUCCAUCCCCAGGUGGUGGUACAAUGUCACUGACGGGUCCUGCCAGCCAUUUGUGUAUGGAGGCUGUGAAGGAAAUGGCAAUAACUACCACAGCAAGGAGGAGUGUCUUGAGAAGUGUGCUGGUGUCACUGGGAACACCAUUGAUGGUGUGGCCAGGAACGGAAAUGGAGCUGAGUCUUCUGUCCUGAGUGUUCCCAGGAAGCAGGAUUCUGAGGACCUCUCUGGUGAGAUCUUCAACUAUGAAGAAUACUGUGUCCCAAAGGCUGUCACUGGGCCUUGCCGCGCAGCCUUCCCUCGAUGGUACUAUAACGUUGAGAAGAAUUCCUGUGACAGCUUCAUCUACGGCGGGUGCCGGGGCAACAAGAACAGCUACCUCUCCCAGGAGGCGUGCAUGCAGCGCUGCUCUGGCAAACAGACAUAUCCUAUCCUGGCCCCUGGAAUAAAAGCGGUGGUCCUGGUGGGGCUGUUCGUGACGGCCUUGGUCCUCCUCCUGGGGGCCUCUGUGGUCUGCCUGGUCCGUGUGGCACGCAGGAAGCAGGAGCGCGCUCUCCGCACCGUCUGGAGCACUGGGGAUGACAAGGAGCAGCUGGUGAAGAACACUUGUGUCUUGUGAAGGCCCCGCUGCUGGAGAGCAGAGGGAGGGAGGGCAUGCGCUUCUCAGAAACAGAGCAGCGGCCGCCUGCAUCAAUAAGAUCAUCAGGGGAGUUUGGUCCUCGCCUUCCCGGGCCAGGGAGGCUCUUCCUUGUCCUGCUUGGCUGCUUACCCCCUGGCUUCUGUUUGGCUGCUUACCCCCUGACUUGUGUCCUCUCAGCCGCUCCCUCCGCCUCUCCACCCAUUGCCUCCUUUAGCAUCACUGGUAUCUGGUAGCUUGCUUUGUUUGAUUUAUGUGGUAUUUUUUUAAGUAAAGGUUUUUUAAUUGGGAUUCUGAAAGAAAAGAUGGAUGUUUAAUGAAAUGGAUGAAAUGGGCCUUUUCAAAUAAAAUUUACUACGUA